GAGAUGGAGCGGCUGAUCUUCUCCCUGCUGGUGCUGGCUGUGUCUGUAUCAGGGCAGCUGUGCCCCAAGCGUUGCAUGUGCCAGAACCUGUCACCAUCCCUGGCUAUCCUCUGCGCCAAGACCGGCCUGCUUUUCGUGCCAACAGUCAUCGAUCGGCGUACGGUGGAGCUGCGCCUUACAGAGAACUUCAUCACGACAGUAAGGAGGAGGGACUUUGCAAACAUGACCAGUCUCCUCCAUCUGACACUCUCCCGCAACACCAUCAGCCAAAUUAUGUCUUACACAUUUGCUGACCUCAAGCGGCUGCGGGCACUGCACCUGGACAGCAACCGCCUGAGCGUCAUCAAGGAUGACCACUUCCGAGGACUCACCAAUCUGAGGCAUCUUAUCCUAGCCAACAAUCAACUGCAUAGCAUCUCCCCACAUGCUUUUGAUGACUUUUUGGGGACUCUGGAAGACCUUGAUCUUUCAUACAAUAACCUGGUGGACAUACCGUGGGAGACUAUUGGACGGCUCACCAAUGUGAACACUCUCAAUAUGGACCAUAACCUCAUAGAGCAUGUCCCCUUAGGAGUCUUCUCAAACCUACACAAACUAGCCCGUCUAGACAUGACAUCCAAUAAGCUAAAGAAAAUACCCCCUGAUCCUUUGUUUCUUAGGAUACCAGUUUAUGCCAAGUCAAAAGGGUCACCUCUUUCCUCUCUCGUCCUGAGCUUUGGAGGAAACCCACUUCAUUGCAACUGCGAGCUACUUUGGCUGAGAAGGCUAACACGAGAGGAUGACCUCGAAACCUGCGCCUCACCUACUGAUCUUACAGCUAAAUACUUCUGGACCAUCCCAGAGGAGGAGUUUAUCUGUGAUCCUCCUGUGAUUAUAAGGAAAUCUCCCAAAACCUUCAUCAUGGAGGGCCAGCCCACCAGCUUGAAAUGCAAGGCCAAUGGGGACCCAGACCCUGACAUUCACUGGAUCUCUCCAGAGAGUCGUCUAAUCGCCAACACCUCUCGAACUUUAAGCUUUAGCAAUGGGAGCUUGGAGAUCAACAUCACCUCUCUGAAGGACACAGGAGUCUUCACCUGCAUUGCUUCUAAUGCCGCAGGGGAGUCUACUGGCACAGUGGAGCUGGUGGUCAAUCCACUGCCACACUUAGCUAACAGCACUAAUCGGAUCCGUGAACCUGAUCCAGGACCAUCUGAUAUUCUUACCUCUGCCAAGUCAACUUCUUCAGCUAGCAAUGAGACCAGGACUCUGGAGAGAAAGUUGGUUCUUGCAGAGUUUACAGCUAAUUCUGCACUCAUCAGGUGGCCUUCACAACAACAUUUCCCUGGAAUCAGGAUGUAUCAGAUUCAGUACAACAGCUCAGUGGAUGAUACCUUGGUCUACAGAAUGAUUCCCUCCACAAGUUAUGACUUCCUGGUGCGAGACCUGGUAUCCGGUCGGGAGUAUGAUCUGUGUGUGUUGGCCAUCUAUGACGAGGGCUUGACCUCGCUGACAGCCACACGGCAGGUGGGCUGCGUCACAUUUGUCACGGAGACAGAAUACAACCAGUGCCAGUCUCUGCGCAGCCAUUUCCUGGGUGGCACCAUGAUCAUCAUCAUCGGAGGCAUCAUUGUGGCUUCUGUCCUCGUUUUCAUCAUCAUUCUAAUGAUCCGAUAUAAAGUCUACAGCCAUUAUGGGGCGGAUUCCACAAAGGGAACCGCCAUGACGAAUGUACGCUCACAGACAAAUGGGGGGCAAGCAGCGGGGCAGGUCCUGCGCUUGAGCUCCAAAAUUAUGGAGGUGCAGGAUGCACCAGGAGCAAGUUUAGUAGGGGCCUCAGGUGUUGUUCCUAGUUUAAAAGACUCCACAGCCAUGGUGCUAGUCACAGACUCUGCAAUGACCUCAGAUGACAUAGUAUCCCCUACUCAAAGGCACCAUCCCAGGACUUGUAUAGAGCUCAAGAGACGGCCUUCGCUGUCCCCUAAAGAGGGGGCAAGCAUAGAAAUGCCAGAAGAUACGGCUAGCCCGCAGGUCAGCGAUGAGAAGAAGGUUCAACGAGACUGGAGUGACUUUAAAAUUUGAUGACUCCAUUUGCUGUCCCUCAAGAGGCAGCCAUCAACCCUAAAGAAGUGCACCAGGUCAUCAGAUUACAGGGAAGAAUAUGGAAUAAUUUGUCCAAACCUCUACUGGACUUUCUCCCUUGAGUUUGUCACCCAUCAUUCUUUAUUCCAAGGAUUAUCCAUACAUUUCCUACCAGGACAUAUUUGAGAACUCAAUCCACCACUGCAUCGAAUGAAAUGGAUCACAUAUUUCUUCUCCAUUGCUGGCUUUUGAAACAUAUUGCCAUUUACACCCCUGCGGCCAGUACUGUCUAUCUGUUUUGCAGCCAACAAUAAUAUGGUAAUUGUUUACUGGAUGGUCUGGGUUCAAGAAUGGCACUUCGCUUGGAGAAUAUUCAUCCUCCUCCACCCAUUCAAUCAUGAAAACUGCACCAGUGAGAGAAAAUUCACAUGGGACAAAGUAAACGGGAUGUUUGUGCUUAUGCACUUCCAUCAUUCUGCCUUCCUCCGGCUUUGCAGUAUCAGUCACGACCCAUCCAACCAGUGGGAACUGAAACUCAAAGGACU